AAUCAAAUUGGAGGCUGUCGAUGACAGGAAGGAGAUGAUUAAAUUGCAACAAAAAGUGGAUCAGCUCGUCUACGAAGCCAUUGCCCGUGAAAAACUGAUUAGUCAGUCGCAGGUUACUUUGGACGAGAAACAAAAGCGAAUAGGUGAACUGGAAGGAUCCCUCAACGACAAGACGAAAAAGGUUGUCGAGUUGGAAAAAGCCAUAUCAAAAGCUGGCCGUGUGCUCCAAGGUUUCGUGAUAGACCUCCAAAAGAAAGAAAAAGAACUGGAACAAUUGAAGAUUGAAGCUACCCUGAAACGCCAGAAGAUGGAUCCUCUCACCGCUCCCGUUAAAAAAUGUGACAAACGGAACAUCAACGAAAACGAAUUCUUUCAGAGCGAAAAUCCCACUCCUGAUGUCCACAAACUUUCAAAUGGCGUUGCUCAAGUCCAUUCAGCUGGUGCUGGUCCUCCUCGUGAUUCGUUUGUGAUAGUAGGGAAAAAAAAUGUUCAUUUCAAUGAGGCGAGAGUUGCCAAAUUCUAUGUUCAAAGUGUUAGUAUUGAGGCGCAUAAUUCGUCAAAGAAAAUCAUAGAGCUCGACAUUUGUAUUGGAGAUUCUAAGGAAUUUGGUAUGUUGGACGAAAGAGGUAGUUCGGUGUCCCGCCUUUUGCUAAAAGUAGAAUCUGGGAAAAAAAUUUACCUUUAAGUAUCAUUCUCACCUCGGUGUAUGGGAAAUUUCUCAACUCAACUUGUUAUUACCCCUCGUGGCCAACCGGCGUCAAACUUGCGGUACCCAGUGUCUUUAUCUGGAGAAGCGUUUCGGUAGGAGUCCAUCAAGAGAAGGUUCGAGUGAGUCGAAUUCAGUGCCGGGCCUUUUAUGAGUUUUAUCAUGAAAAAGGAGUAAAGGACCCGUUGGUUUUAUUUGUCUUUUGUGCAUGUAUUUUAAUAUUGCACUCAAGUGAAAUUUUAUGAUCUGUGUAAUUUUAUUCCGUAAUUUAUCUUAAUUUGUAUUUCUAGUCUUUAACUUUUUUCCCUUUGCAAUUGUGAAAAGGGCAAUUUUAUUUUUGCUAUGCCGUGAAUCUUUAGCACAUGUAUAAUUUAAUUCCGUUAUUUAUGUUUUCUAUAUCUCUCUCUCUAACUAUUUUUUCCUUUGCAAUUUUAUCUUUCCCUGGUCAUGAUCGAGUCAAAUAAACUAAUUUUGAAAAUCA